AUAGUGAAAUCCUAUGACUUAAGCUGUAGUGUAAGUAGAAAUUAAAGAGCCGGUUGGCGGCUAGAAAAUCCGACUCUUUUAGGAGCCAAAUGAAGCGGAUCUCGGAGAGAAGCUGGAAUUUCCAGCACCUGCUGCGUCACGUACGUAGCCAAUCCAGAGGAACUCUACGUAGGUUACGUAGAUUCGGAGUACGUGCCAAGGUGCCUGAACCGAGUCGCUGCUUCAUUGCGCUCCGAGCUGACGAGUUAAAUCCGAGGAACGGCUUCAAUAAGCGGCUUUAGGGCUGCAAAGAGCCCCGCUGCUAGCAGCUUUAGCUGGAGACACCGGGCUGGACAGCGGCUAGACCCGGUGACCUUCACGGACUGACGGCUGCACCUGGACCGACCAUGUCCCCUCAUUAACAGCAGCUCCAGAACCCUCGGCUCGGUUCCGUUCGCCAUAAUCCGGCUUUCAGGUCCUGGUUCCCGCCCCGCUCGGAGGAAUGGCUCGCUGCCCGGUGGUGAACCUGCUGCGGUUCGGGAACAGGGUGGCCAGGAGCGGCUUCCUGCGGCCUCUGCACGCCGCGGCAGGUGGCUCCUCCACGGAACCAAGAACUGGGUUCAAACCGGACAGGGUUGCCGUGGUUACCAAAACCACCCGGUAUGAGUUCGAGCAGCAGCGGUACCGGUACGCCGGACUAUCUGAAGAGGACCUGAAGCAGCUGCUAGCCAUGAAGGGCUCCAGCUACAGCGGCCUGCUGGAACGCCACAACAUCCACACCAGCAACGUGGAGCACGUCGUCCAGAGCCUGCAGUGAGCCCAGCUGCAUGUUGCUGUGUGUUGC